AUGGAUAUGGAGGAGUUUUUCGGGGAGAGAAAAUCAGUUCACAGCCUAAGUUUUUACCCGUCUGCGUUUGGGGCACAUUCAAAUCGAUCUUCGUCCUACUCGCUGUCGGAUUCACUGAGCUCACUUAGUCCCGAGUCUCUAUCGUUCCCCGACACAUCCUGUUGUGCUAACAGCCAGAUUGGUUUCGGAUGCCACUUCACCAACAGUUACUACAGUUGCAAACCUCUUCCGAGCGCAGUGUUUCAGCAGCGUGUAAUUAACCACCAAGAUGUUAAUCAGAAGGCAACUGGACGCUCAGAUGAUAAGCAAAACGUGGUGGGUUUCAGCAGAUCAGUGGUACACUGCGGGGAACCUCCGGCAAGGAUUCGUGAUAUAGGAGUGUAUCAGAGUUACACAUCACCAUACAGCAGGAUACCUUUUGACGUGCCUGUAGUUCACCAGGCCAUAACAAGUGAUUCUACACAUGAAAGACCUGUCGCAGACGGCCACCAGUCUUGGAAGUGGCCAACCAGUUGGAGUAAUCAAAUGUAUUGUCCAAAAGAGCAGCCACUGACAGAAGACACAACGCUGUCUCAGAAUGAUAAUAACAAUGAUUUUCUUCGUCGGGGGAGAAGAAAACGGGUUCCAUACUCCAAACUCCAGCUAAAGGAACUCGAGCAUGAGUACACAGCUACACAGUUUAUAACCAAAGAGAAGAGACGCCGGAUAGCUUCUUCCACGAACUUGUCAGAAAGACAAGUCACCAUUUGGUUUCAAAAUCGCCGGGUCAAGGACAAAAAAGUAAUUUCUAAAACAUCUAAAGACUUUGAACCUUAUGAAUGUCCACAUAAAUGUAUAUAA